GGGCUCUCGGUGGCCUCGGGCUUAAUUUAUCUUUUGCUCGGGCGGGUGGUGCCCUUAACAGCUGCCUUGUAGGGACUGGAUAAAAGGGGCUCUCAACGAUCGUCCCUUCUCCUUCAGAGCUGCCAUUCCAAAUUCCUUCGGUUCCUUUGCGUUCAAGGAAUCCUACUUUCACGGAUGUCCAAGGUAGAAAUGGCAAAAGAUGGAAAUGGCAACACCAGUGACACACCCAAUACGUGGUUUGGACAGUGCCAGUACACAGCAGAUGAGUAUCAGGCUGUUCAGGCUGCUCUGCGGCAGAGGCUGGGUCCAGAAUACAUCAGUAGCCGACAAGCCGGAGGAGGACAGAAGGUUUGCUACAUAGAGGGGCACAGAGUCAUCAGCCUGGCCAAUGAAAUGUUUGGAUACAAUGGCUGGGCUCAUUCUGUCACUCAGCAGAACGUUG